AUGAUUUCAAGCAUGAAGGAAAAAGUUUAUAAUACUAUUUUACAAAGAAUUAUUAGCUUGGCAUAUUUACCAGGUGAGAAAAUAUCGGAGAAAAAUUUAAGUGAAGAAUUAAAUAUCGGUAGGACACCAAUCAGAGAAGCAAUACUGCAAUUAAGAGAAGAGGGAUUAAUUAAAUCGGUCCCGCAGUCCGGUACAUAUAUUUCGAAAAUUAAUUUACAAAAGGCGAAAGAUGCACGAUUUUUGCGGGAAAGUGUUGAGACCAAAAUUAUCCAAGAAUCUAUUGCUAAGCUCAAUGAAUAUGAUCUAAUGGUUUUACAGCAAAUUAUUGACAGGCAGAAGUUAGAAGUAAGAACGACUCAUGAUGAUAUGAGAUUUUUCGAAUUAGAUGAGCAAUUUCAUCAUUACUUUUAUAAGGCAACGGGAAGAGACCAGGUGUGGCGCUGGUUGCAAAUGAGUAAUAUGCAGCUAAAUCGUUUUCGGGUAUUGCGUCUUCGCAGCAAGAGCUUAUCUUGGGAAACUUUAGUUGAUGAGCAUGAAGAACUUCUUGAGGCGGUAACUGAAAAGAAGACUAGCAAAGCCACUAAGCUUAUUCCAGUCAUUUGCAUCGGAUGUUGA